AAUCCUCGUUAACCGCAGGACCAUGUCCGAUCUGUGGUACGGUAAUGGCUACAAGACAUGGGAUGCGACGACACUUCAAAAUUAUGCACAAACGUAAGACCGCAUUUGACAGUGCCAGUUUUUUUCUUUUGAACACUAAGACUUUUAUUUUUACUUUAGAAGCUGAAGCCAGUGCUUGCAAAAUUUGCGGUCGAAAAUUCCUUACUACUUUUGCAAUACAACGCCAUAUGCGUCGUGUGCAUCCAGACGAACUACACGAAUCCCUCUCUUUCCGUCCUGUUGAUGGUGACAAUCCCACGAGCUGUCCAUUUUGCUGCAAACAUUUUAGCGGAAAGCAGAGUCUUGACCGUCAUCUGCGGAUCGUACAUCAGCAUGUUGAGAUCGGAGUGUGUCCAAUAUGCGCGAAAACGUUCUCAAACAAGUUUGCAAUGAAGCGACAUCAUGAAAAUGUUCAUGCAGACUCAUCUUCACCCAGCUUUAAAAGCGAAAAACCUGGACUCACAACCUCAAGGGCUGAGCUGACCGGCCAGUCCCCUUGA